AACGUAGAAAUUUGAAAUAAAAAAUAAAAUUAUAAAGUAUGUCUUUUGAAUAUGAUAAAUCAUUAUCAAAAAUAUCAUUAGAUUCAGCAGCAGAUCUUAAAUAUUUAUCAGUAAACUUUACCAAAACAAUUGAAGAAAAACUACAAAAACAUAUGCCUAAGAAUGUUUCAAACAAUUCGAAAGAUAUAUUAAGGGAAAAAGUAGAAAAUUUAUUGGAAAAUUUUAUAACGAGAACAUUUGAAUUAGCCAAACCAAACAUUAUAAUUAAUGGGAUUGAAGCACAAGAAACAAUAAUCGAUGAUUCAUCUACAAUUCUGGAACCAUUUAAUUAUGAUUUAAACAAUAAACUACAAUCGCUACAUAAUGAAAUUGAAGAAACAAUUCUAAAAACUACUCAACUGAGAAGAGAAAUACCAAGAAAAAUAUUUGAAUAUAAGAAUAGUCAAGAUAUAACUGAAAUAAAAAUAAAAUUUCCGGAGGAACCUUUAAUGAAAAGUAUAAAAACAGAACAUAUUAUAGAACCUGAAUUACAGCGUGGAGAUGAAAUCAGACAAGAAUAUUCCAAUGCAAUAUCUGUUAUGAAACAAUUAAAAACGUCAAUUCCAACUACAUGUGCUAAACUUGAAAAGUCUGUAGAAAUUAUAAAGCAUUUUUAUGAGAAUUAGAAUAUUAGACCAAUGAAAAAUAUCAAACUAUAAAAAUAUCUCAAA